UUAAUCCUCUCAGAGGCGAUCAGUAAACAGCGGACAGACCUGCAGCGGGUGGCUCUCCGUCUCGUCGUUUCUCGGACAGACUCGGCGCUCAGCGGACGUGCAUCGGGACAUCGUGGGGACCCCGCGGGUAAAUGUGGACAGACAAGAAGAUGACGUCCCCGUGGGACCGCUGGUACUCCACAAGCUGCUGCCUGUGCUUCCAUGUGCGCACAGGAACCAUCAUCCUGGGGGUCUGGUACAUGCUCAUCAAUGCCGUGGUGUUACUCAUCCUGCUCACAGCGCUGAGCGAUCCUGAAAAGUACCACCUGACCAGCGCUGAGUUGGCGAAUGACCUAGAUGUCAUGGAUGAUGCCAACAUGUGCAUUGCCUCGGCAAUCUCCCUGCUGAUGAUACUUAUAUGUGGGAUGGCAACAUAUGGUGCAUACAAGCUGCGGGCCGCAUGGAUCGUCCCCUUUUUCUGCUAUCAAAUAUUUGACUUUGCUCUCAACGCCCUGGUGGCUGUUAGCAUUGUUGUGUACCCGAACACAAUUCAGGAUUACCUACACCAGCUGCCUGAUAACUUCCCUUACAAAGAGGAGGUCGCUGCUCUCAGCAACAUCUGCCUGGUCCUUAUUGUGUUGCUCUUCAUCGGCUGCAUCAUCGGCUUCAAGGCCUAUCUGAUAGCAUGUGUGUGGAACUGCUACAGAUACGUGAGCGGCAGGGGGGCUUCUCAGAUCCUGCUCUACGUUACCUCCAACGAGACCACGGUGCUGCUGCCUCCGUAUGACGACAGCGUCAGCGUCCCUUGCAAACAGCCUCCUGCGUCCUACAUCUGUGCCGAGGCCACGGCGUGAAGACGUUCCGCUGACUGGAUUCUGCUGUUAACACACUCCAUCAAAAAAUAACGCGCCACACUGCCUCUCCAGUAAACACUAGAGUCCUAAAUAUCCGUGACAUGUACAAAAGCCUCCAGCGCACACAUGCACACGUGCUCACCACCAUCAUCACCGUGACGUCCCAUCCCUUCUGGGUAUUACCGAUGAACUUCUAUCUUCUCUAUUAUCUAUCUGUUUUCUUCCUCUUUGGUUGAUUCCAGAAAGGAUUAGCAUUGUUAUGCGUUAGAAUUGGGCUAAAAUGACAUGAAAGCUGUAGAAAGUUGGCUACAUUGCAUAUAUAUUUUUAUUAGUUAUAUUUAUUGUGUGUGUGUGUUUGUUGGUGACAGUGUUUUGUGGGUCUUAGUUUAUUUGGUCAUAUUUAUCUCAUGCACAGAGUCAACAGUGAACAUGCUGGCCACAGUAUGGGCCAGUGUAUUGGUCUCGUCUCGUCUCGGCUCGUGAUCAGGGUUGGAUUGCCUUCUCUCACAACUCUCUCUCUAAUGGGUUGCACUUUAUAAGCUCAUGUAUGAAGGUUCCCCUUAACCUGAAGUCCCGUAAAGAGAUGCAUCUGCCUGUAUUCUGACAUGAUCAAAGAGCAGCACUAAUGUAUGUCAAGCAUAUCGGCUUUUUAAAAAAAAAAACUAUUACAAUUGUUAUAUUAUUGUAAUUUGGAGUGUAGAGCUGUGCAGGUGAACUUUUAACUGUGUUUCUACUGACGGGCGAGAAAUGUCUUAGCUUGCUGUACUUCUAUUUUUAAAGCACAUUAGAGGCACUGGUCUGGAAUCAGUUUGCUGCGUGAAUGACGAGAACCUGGAGCUUUAGAAAAGCAGGCCAUGGUUGUGUUUUUUCUAUCAAGGAAAAGGAGAAGGGGAGCUUUUUGAAGCGUGUGUCAACAUUACACAACCCCACUCCGCCAGAUGGACUUCUUGGCUUGUUGCUCCCCCGAAAACAAAACGUUCUGCGAGGAUGCAAAAGUCACUGCUGUAUUUAAAUAAUUAAGGUGAUAUUUUUGGUCUAUUAAAGUCAAAUUUCCCUGA